AUGACGACGAAGAAGCCUCGCAAGCUGGUCGUUGCGAUCGACUUCGGUACCACAUUCUCUGGUGUUGCCUACUGGCUUGGUCGCGACCAGCCAGACUCGGGCAACAUCAAAGUGAUCUGCGAUUGGCCAGCUAUUUUCCCUUACGAAGGUGAAAGGCCUCAAGUCCCAACAAAAGUUGGGUAUAAGAACGAUGGAACGAUUCAGUGGGGUAACCUUGCGUCUGGCGAGUUACAACCAAUUCAAUGGGUCAAGUUGCUUCUCCUUGAGCAACAAGACCUACCGCACUACCUGCAGCAUAACCAAUCCGCGCACCUCAGCACCGCACGCGAACUAAUUCAAGACUUGGGAAAGGAGGCUAUCGAUGUUGUGGCGGACUACUUGAGAGAGCUUUGGCGUCACGCAAUGACCAAGAUCAAGGAGUAUGAGAUCCCCGCCAUCGUAGAUGACUGUGUUUUCCACAUCAUUCUCACCGUUCCGGCUAUUUGGAAGGGCUAUGCUCGCCAAAAAAUGCAAACUGCUGCAGAACGUGCAGGAAUCUUGAAACCCACAAGACGUGGCGACGUCUCCUUCUCCAUGACAUCAGAACCUGAAGCAGCUGCCCAUGCAAUCUUACGUUCCGGGGACUGGCGUAGAAAGGAAGCAGACACUGGAGACACAAUUCUCGUGUGCGAUUGUGGUGGCGGUACAGUGGACGUGAUUUCUUAUACACUUGUGAAUUCGGAAACAAAUGAGCUUAAGGAAUGCGUCGAGGGAGACGGCGCACUCUGCGGUGCCGUGUUCGUGGACGAAGAAUUCUUCAAGCUUGUCAAGGGCCGGUUCAACGUUCAUUUCGGUCGCGGAUUCUGGGACACUGUACCGCUAGCAACCAUCGAGAAAGCCUUUUCCACCGAUUGGGAGAAUGGCAUGAAGCGCAAUUUGUCUAGUUCGAAUAUGCUGAUGUCAUUCGGAAUUGCUGGGCGCAACAUCGACUUGAACAAAAAACAGAUUACAGCUUGUUUCCGUAAGGUGUUGGAGAGGAUUCACAUUCUUCUAGACAAGCAGAUCGAGGGCGUUAUCAACGCUACCGGCGCUGCCCCAAAGUACAUAUUCCUCGUGGGAGGGUUCGGACGUUGCCAGCUACUCUUCAAUGCGAUAUGCGAGAAAUAUCCAGAUAGCUUUGUGAUCAAAGGGGCCAGCAAUGAUGAGCCAUGGUCUGCCAUUUGCCGAGGUGCAGCCCUGGGCAAGGCAAUAGAGAUUUGUGCCUCUGAAGAAAACCCUGAUGCACCAGCCAAUCCCAUAUUAUCACGCAAACCAAGAAUCAGCCAAGGUUGGUCUCACGACCUUCAUUUAGGAGAGGAAUGUACGACCGAGGAAUUCGAAAAUGCAGAAUGGGAUAAUGACGCAGGUGGUUACGUGGUCCACGGCACUAUGGCCUGGCUCGUCAAACGAGGACAGGAUGUUAGUACCCACAUGCAUAAACAGCAGUACACUAUCGCCCUUCCUAUGGACACAAGAGGUCACUAUUCUCACACGGCUCCCAUUCUCGAGUCUCUCAAUAUGAGCCCACCAGCAAGAUAUCUACCGAAUGGAUCGGAUAUCAGAGAGACUGGAAGGGUAGUCACCUUGACGACCCCGGUGCCUGCCGAGAAAUUGCCCAUUGAGCAAAAUGGAUGGGGCGAGGAUUACCUCGCAUUUCACUAUGAAUGGCACAUCAAAGUUGAGGGAGCUUCUGUAUCGGGGGAAGCGUUUUCAAUGGGCCAGAAGAUUGCCGAACUCGCAGGAAGCGAGAUUUGA